AUGGGGUCCAUUCAACCACCAGGGCAAAAGAUCGCAAAGUUGCCAACCAUUGCCUACCGCCACCUACUUGAUAAUGACCCUGCUGAGGUUGCCCGAUUACUCUCCGUCUGUGUGGAGGAGGGCUUCUUUUAUCUAGACAUGCGAGAUCAUUCAACCCUUCUGGCCGAGCGAGACAAGAUCUACGACUUCAUGGCCAACUGGUUUAGUAAAUCCGACGAGGUGAAGGAGAAAUAUGCUAGAGGAAGCCACAUCGACGGUUAUAAGCCUGUCGGCGCGUUUGCCGGUCCAUAUCAAAAUACUCGGGAUUCGUAUGAAAGUCUCAAAGUGUCCCACAAAAUCCUAGCAGACCCCAGUGCCAACUUCCCCGAGGAAGUGGAGGCUGACAGAGACCUAUUUAGCAGCUAUUUACAACACUCCAGAGAGGUGAGCUUAAAGCUCAUCUCAGCUCUAUCAGAUGCCAUGAAUCUUCCAUCGGCCGAGCGAUUGGAAAACUUCCACCAGUCCGGGGUGGAGUCGAACUCGGUUCUAGUCCUCCUCAAAUAUCCAUACACUGAUCCGGCGCAGCAAGGGAACCAGAUCGGCCACAAUAAGCACACCGACAUUGGCAGUAUCACUUUUCUCUUCACUGAUCAGUGGGGGCUGCAAGUCAUGGCCCAAGAGUCAACGGAGUGGGAGUUCAUCGAACCGCGUCCGGGCCAUGCAGUGAUCAAUGUGGGUGAUUCGCUACGCUUCUUGUCGAAGAAGGUGUUGCGAUCCUGCCUGCACCGUGUGAUCCCGGUCCCGGGGCAAGAGAUCGAUCGAUACACGAUUGCCUACUUCUUGCGCCCCAGCGAUCAUGCGAUAUUCAAGGAUAGCAACAAUGAAACGGUCAGCGCAGCGUAUUGGCAUGAUCGCAAGUAUGAGGUGUUUCAGAGCACCCAGGACGAACAAAGUCGAGAUACGAUUCUGACUGGCGGCCUGGAGCCGGUUGGUACAUCGCAUGAGCCUCGUUCAUAA